GUGAAGUAGUGUGUGGAUGUGGAGAUAUUUUUGUCUAAAGAUGAAGAACUGGUUGUGGUUUUAUUGUGACAAAAAAUAAAAGGGUAGACGAGUCUCAUUUCAUCUGUUUGGCGUCUCUAUACCAUCCAUUUCCUUUCCAUGGAAUCCGCUGCAACAGUUCAGCCUCUGAAUCAUCAGCUCUCUUUUCUCUUUCCAACCAAACUCAUCAGAACCAAAGCUUCUCCUUGUCGCUGGCCAUCCAAACCAGCCACAUCUCACUCCACUCGUUUGUAUUGCCAAAAGAUGUAUGUCCCUGGAUUUGGAGAAGCAUCACCGGAAGCAAAAGCAGCCAAGAAUCUCCAUAAUUUCUUCACUUACAUUGCAGUUAGGAUUGUCGCUGCACAGCUUCAGAGUUACAAUCCCGAGGCAUACGAAGAGCUAAUGGAGUUCUUGGGGAGACACUCCUUGAAUGACGGGGACAAGUUUUGUGCCAAUUUGAUGCGAGAAUCUUCAAGGCAUAAAGGCCUAGCUUUGCGCAUUUUAGAGGUUCGAACUGCAUAUUGCAAAAAUGAUUUUGAGUGGGACAACUUAAAGCGACUGUCUUCCAAGAUGGUCACCGAAGCCAACACUAAGCUCAUGAGAGACUACGUCUUGGAAACAAGUCACGCGGAAAGUGAGAAGUGACAAAAAUUCAAGCAUUACCAUUGUACUAUUUGUGAUGAACUUAAACCUAUUAUUAUGGUUUCUUUACAAAAUAUAUACCAAGAAAAUAGCCAGCAUAGGUCAAACUGGGCACAGUGUUACAUCUCUGAGCUUUUUCAUAAGGCAUAAGGCCAAGAAGUUACAAAGAAAAAAGAAGCUCUAUUGUAUGAACAGUUUCCUUUGAGGAAGACCAAAUUCUGCCUCGGAGCCUCUCUGCUGAAAAUGAAAAUGAAGUCCUGCAUCAACUUUGUACCCCAUCUUGUAAUAAAAAUAUAUAUACAUAUACACAGAUAAUUAAAUAUUGUAUAU